GUUAAAGUUUGUUUGGGUUGGUAGUGACAAUAACCGCAUGAUUUUCAAUGGCUGGAAAUAGACCUGAACAAAAAUUGGAAGAUAAAUUGGAAAAGUACUGUCGUCGUCUAUUUUACAUGCAGCCUGUAUCAGAACCCACUCCGUUGGAUCCUUCUGCGAUGGAGUACUUUGGAGUCUUUAGUGUUAAAGAUCCCCAGGCCACCGACCGAAAACUUUGGUACAUUUAUUAUUGCUUGCGUCCUGAAAUUUCAGGUGCGGUGGAAAAGGUACGCCAGAAAUUUGGCAGGAAGAAUGUGUAUGAGAUAUAUCAAAAGCUCACAUUUAGCGGAGUGGGUUUUCAUAAAAUCGUUAAAGAUUAUUUCUGCCAUCUAAAGUGGAUAAGUAGAGGUAACCUGUUGGAAGCCCCUCCAAUUAGCUAUUAUAACGAUGAGAAGGUCGUGAAAACAGUUUCAGAAUUGCAUGAUAAAGAGCAAAGAAGGCUGUUUGACUAUAUAAUGGAUCAGCACGAUUGGUUUAAGCGUUAUAAUGAUCAAAAACCACGUCCUGAACGGCAUUAAAU